AUGCCUCACCACACCACUGAAAAGAAAUGGUGGAAAGAAGCCGUGGUCUACCAAAUCUACCCAGCCAGCUUCCUAGACACCAACGGUGAUGGCCUCGGAGACAUUACCGGCAUCACCAGCAAAGUGCCAUACAUCAAGUCCCUGGGAGUCGACACAAUCUGGCUCUCACCCAUCUUUGCAUCUCCCCAAAAAGACAUGGGCUACGAUGUAGCCGAUUACCGGUCUAUCCACGCACCAUACGGAACAGUCGAAGAUGUCCAAACUCUCAUCGACCAGCUCCACGCAAACAACAUGCGUAUCCUGAUGGACCUCGUCGUCAACCACACAAGCGACCAACAUGCAUGGUUCAAAGAAUCCAGAAGCUCCAAGUCAAAUCCCAAGCGAGACUGGUAUAUCUGGCGGGAUGCGAAGUACGACGAGAAUGGGAACCGCAAAGAACCAAAUAACUGGAAAUCUAUCUUUGGUGGUAGUGCGUGGGCAUUUGAUGAGCCCACGGGACAAUAUUACCUGGCCCUGUUCUUGCCCAGUCAACCCGAUUUGAAUUGGGAGAGCCCUGCUAUGCGUGAAGCCACGCAUGAUGAUAUGCGGUUCUGGCUGGACCGCGGUGUGGACGGGUUCCGCAUCGAUAGUAUGAAUCUCAUGUCCAAACACCCUGACCUACCAGAUGGGAAAGUCGUCAAUGACGAGCCCUACCAAUCUGGCGCGGAGUUCUUUGCAUCAGGUCCCAAGAUGCAUGAUUACAUCCGCGAGAUCAGGUCUCAGGUGCUUGAUAACUACGAUGUUAUGACAGUUGGAGAGCUAGGCUUCACCAAAGACGAGCACUCUGUCAGUGAAUAUGUCGCGAAAGAACGACAUGAACUGAACAUGUUGUUCACCGGUGAUAUCGUGGACAUGGACCAUGGAGCGAAUGGGAAGUACGAACGGAACGACUUCCACCCUCGCAAGAUCCGAGAGAUCACCAACCUCUGGCAAACAGCCAUGCCCAAGUUCGAGGGCUGGAACACCGUUUACCUCGACAAUCAUGACAGCGGCCGAUCUGUCUCCCGGUAUGCCUCUGAUGCACCUGAGCAUCGCGCCACCGCAGCCAAGAUGCUGGCUACUUACUUGACGACGCUGAGCGGGACACCGUUUAUGUUGGCUGGCCAGGAGAUCGGCAUGGCCAACCUCGGGAAGGAGUAUGGUGUUGAUGCAUACAUCGAUGUCGAGGGCAGGAAUCAUUACAAUGAGGUCCUGCAGGCUCGAGGAGGCGAUGUUACUAAAAUGGGUGAUGUGCUACGGGAGAUGCAGCUCAAGUCCCGAGACCAUGGGCGGUUACCCAUGCAGUGGGAAAACUCGCCGAAUGCGGGCUUCACGACUGGGGAGCCUUGGAUGACCAUCAAUAAAGAUUAUGUGGACUGGAAUGUUGCCAGUCAGCUGGAUGAUCCUGACAGCAUCAUGGCAUACUGGAAGGAAGUAAUUGCGCUGCGGAAGAGGUUUUCUGAUGUCUUUGUGUAUGGCUCUUACGCACCUCUCUCGGAGUCUGAGACCGGUGAACUGGUUCUCGGAUAUGAGAGGGAAUGCAAGGAGACGGGUCAGAGAGCGGUCGUUUUAUUGAACUUCUGUGAUCGCGAGUCGGAGGUUUCAGUGAAGAAAUACGCUGGCUGGCGUACUCUUGUCUCCAACCAGGCUGAUAUUUCUGGAGAUCAGAUCAAGUUGAGGCCAUUCGGCAGUCUGGUGCUGUUAACUAUUUGA